UGACGACGACCGGUCUGUUGCGGCGGACUCGUGGUCGAUCAAGAGCGAGUACGGGAGCACUCUAGACGAUGAACAGCGUCACGCCGACGCUGCAGAGGCCCUCUCCUCCGGAAACCUUCGAGAUCCCUCCGGCUACUGUUCCGACAAGGAAGAGCCAGAUGCUGAUGGAGUACAGUCAAUGCUUGGUCUUCAAAGCUAUUGGGACGCUGCAUACGCUGAUGAGUUGACAAAUUUCAGGGAGCAUGGUCAUGCCGGUGAAGUCUGGUUUGGAGAUGAUGUAAUGGAAAAUGUUGCUUCUUGGACAAAAGACUUGUGCAUUGGCAUUUCUCAACGUGGCAUGGCAAGUUCUGCGAGUGAUAACAAGGCAGAAGCGAAUGAACAAGGCAGCAAGUAUUUGUCUAGUUGGGAUGUCCUCGACAUUGGUACUGGAAACGGCCUACUACUGCAUGAGCUCGCUAAGCAGGGGUUCUCUGAUUUAACCGGGACUGAUUAUAGCGAAGGAGCAAUAGAACUCGCGCAACAUCUUGCUCAGCGAGAUGGACUACCAAAUAUUAGUUUCUUGGUUGAUGAUAUCCUCGAGACGAAAUUGGAUCGCCAGUUCAAGCUUGUCGUGGAUAAAGGAACUUUAGAUGCCAUCGGUUUACAUCCCGACGGCCCCAUAAAAAGAAUCAUGUAUUGGGAUUCAGUCUCCAAGCUGGUUGCCUCCGGUGGAAUAUUGGUGAUCACAUCGUGCAACAACACGAAAGACGAGCUCGUGGAAGAGGUGGAGAGUUUCAAUGUAAGAAAAUCCAACUUAUCCAGAGAAGAUCCUCCAUUCAAGUACCUCAGCCAUGUCCGGACAUACCCGACGUUCAUGUUUGGCGGAUCGGUGGGUUCUCGAGUUGCAACGGUUGCUUUCCUUCGGAAGUGAAAUCAAUUAUUCGGGUUUCGUUUCUUGUGGGAUUAUAUGAAACUUUCUCAUCUUUUUUUGACCCCAGAAAUGGUAGAUGUGUUUAUGAUGUUAUUGAACUCUUGAUUCUCAAUAGGGUUUUGGACUUUGCUCCUUUGAAUGCAAUUCUGUUGAAGACUAUUGUUGGCUA